AUGAAUGUCCUUAUCAAUGGGAAAUCUUCUGGGCGUAUUCUUUUUAGGCUUUAUGACGAUAUUGUUCCUAGAACUACCCAGAACUUCCGGGAGCUCGCUACAGGACAGCAUGGCUUCGGGUACGCUGGCUCACCGUUCCAUCGCAUUAUCCCGCAAUUCAUGAUUCAAGGCGGCGAUUUUACUCGAUUCGAUGGUACAGGUGGAAAGUCCAUUUUUGGGGAGAAGUUCGCGGAUGAGAACUUCAAGGUGAAGCACACUAAACCCGGUCUCUUAUCCAUGGCGAAUGCAGGAACAAACACGAAUGGGUCACAGUUCUUUAUUACCACUGUUCCAGCCCCGUGGCUCGAUGGAAAACACGUCGUCUUUGGGGAGGUUGUUGAAGGAAUGGAAUUAGUAGAUAAGAUUGAGAACUUGGGGUCACUUGAUGGCCAACCAAAAGCCAAAGUGGUCGUGGAAUCAAGCGGGGAAGAGUGA